AUGAGCGCCGCCGGGCCUCUCCCGCCAUACCACUCCUCCUCCCCCGCCCCGUCCAACGGCACCUCGCGACCGCCAACUGCAAAUGGGGGAGGAGGCGAUCGCGAAUUUGCACAUAUCGAGGAUCUCAAAGCAGAGGCCUUGACUGGUUUCAGCACCAGCCAGUCGGUCAGCCAACUAUACGAUCGUGCUGAGCAAGCACUGGGCCAGGCAAAGCUUCAAAUCGACUUUCGACGUCCCGACCUCGCCUUUGUUGAGUACCUACGAGCGUGUGAGAUUACAAUCGAAGUUCUGCCCAGGCAUCGUGACUUCGUGCUCUUCACACACGAUGGACACGGCCAGCACCGAUUGCAACUGCUCCAGCGGAGAAUAAGCGCUUUGGAUGAUCAGUUCGAUGCAAUCAAGAAAAUCAUCAUAAACAACAACAGACGCUCAGGCGUUCUGCCCGAAGCUCAGCAACAACAAUACACAAAUGGCGGACACUCGCGCUCGGAGUCUGAAAGUGUCAUGGCCGCGUCUGGCGCCCACAAGGUGAAGCCUUCUCCUUCUCCCAAACCAGAAAAGUUGCAUGCGAGGGCAAUAUCACAAGCCACCGCCAAUUUGAAUGGCUCACCAUUGGCGUCUGGCAAUGACGUCCUCGCCGACAGAUUCGCCAAGUUGCGCGGGUUUGGACAGACGGACAGUCUCACGCGACCAGAUUCCAGAGGCUCCACCUCCUCAGCAAGCAGCGCCCAGCUCUCGAUGCCAAACGUCAACGAUUAUGGAGGACCUUUUGGCAGCGCCAAACCGCAAGGUCCUCGCGGAAUGCCUGAAAGCGCGCUACCGGGGCCUCCAAGGCCUUCGAAGCUGCCACUUGACACAGAAUUGGCGGCUGCCAUGCCCAAGGCUCCCAGUCCCACUUACAGUCCUGCUCGUAACAUGCAGAUCACGGGCAACAUCACUGCCCCCCGACACAGCGCACGCAGUCUGGCCACUUCAAGUAGCCGCAAAUCAUCAUUGAUUCCGCCUUCGUCAGCUUCCGCUGUUGCACCAAAUGGGAAUGGCGAUUACUUUGGAACCAUCAAUGGGGCCAUUGCUCCCACGCCUGGGCAAAUGCCACGCCGGAAAUCUGUUCACAUGCCCAAGGAGACUCGCAUUAGUGCAGAGAAACUUUAUGACUACCUGGAACGAUACAACAUUCUCUUGAUCGACUUCCGGUCACGCGAAGACUUUGACCAAGGCCAUAUCUUCACCAGGAACAUCAUUUGCAUUGAGCCCUUAAUCAUGCGGCAGGGCAUUAGCGCAGCAGAGCUCGCCGAUAAAUUGGUGCUAUCUCCAGAAGAAGAGCAGGAAGUCUUCCACAACCGGGAUAAAUUCGAUUUAGUUGUCUAUUACGAUUCGCAGACUCAGUCCGAUACCUACCUUUCACGACCCUACGGAGACGCAGAGAUGAAGUUAAAGCAGCUACACGAAGCGCUCUACGACUUCAAUCAGGACAAACCUCUUCAAAGGCCACCAAUACUCUUGGUUGGUGGCAUCAGUGCUUGGGUCGACCUCAUAGGAAGUCAAGCUCUCUUGUCGUCCAAUACUCAGGCAAGGGUCAAGCAAGGCCGGCCCAUCCAACGACGAGCUCCUCCACGAGAUGGACCCAUGAGAGUACCAAAACGACGACUGAGAGAGUACAAUCCCCUUGAUGCAGAAGAAGAGCGGAAGUGGCGAGAACGUGCCAAAAGUGAGAGCGUGCCAGAGACGUCCGCUUUUGUCCCGUCAAGUGAUGAGGAUGGGACCGACGGCGAAGGCGAAGAUGCCAUGCCCAAGUAUCCUACCAUCGAAGACUUCAACGCACGAUUUCCGGAAGCUGGGACACUCGAGACACAGUUCUUCAACAAUACGCCAAGCCGACCACCCCCUCAACUUCCAGCCAAGAUUCCUCAGUAUCCUGCUGCACCUUCCGCCUCUGUCUAUCCUCCUGUGCCGAGUCGACCCGCACCGGCAGCACCGAGGAUGAGUUAUAUGGGCGUAAGCGAUCGAGCAGUCACGCAGACCACUCCAACGGCAAGGACGUCAAGUCAGAUGAUCCCUUACAUACCCCAGAAAUACCUCUCAGCCAAUUUGCGGAUACCUCGAACUGGCCUAGUCAAUUUUGGCAGUACGUGCUACAUGAACGCGACGUUGCAGGCUCUUUCAGCAACGACUCCCCUGUCGAUCUUGUUUUUGGACGAUCAGUUCAGGAAUUUGGUGCAGAAAGACAACUGGAAAGGAAGCCGAGGGCUCUUACCUGACAUCUACAGCAACACCAUCCGUUCACUCUGGAAAGGAGAUGUGAGCUGCAUCAAGCCCACUACGCUCUUCAAUUUCGUAGGUCGGCUCAACAGCAUGUUCAGAGACCCUGGCCAGCAGCAAGAUGCGCAAGAGUUCUUCAGUAUGCUUGUUGACGUUCUGCAUGAGGACUUCAACGCGAACUGGGCACGUACACCUUUACGGGCUCUUACUGAUGCGGAAGAGCAAAAGAGAGAGCGUAUGCCAAAGAUUCAAGUCGCCAAGACUGAAUGGGGAAGAUACACACAUCGCGAGAACUCGUUCUUAACCUCCCUUUUCUACGGACAACACUCGUCUCGACUGAGGUGUCCCAAGUGCGGCAUCACAAGCACACAAUACGACGCGUGGGCGCUGCUUCAGGUUGAGAUUCCGGACUGUCGAGAAGCGAAGCUACAAGACUGCUUCAGACAGCACUUCAAGGACGAGAUGCUGGACGAGGACAAUCAAUGGACGUGUCCAAAGUGCAAGGCUCCUCGCCGAGCGUGGAAGAAGCUCACCAUGACUAGAGCGCCUCCGUUCCUGGUCGUUGGGCUCAAGCGCUUCAAGACCCAUCCGAGGACGGGAGAUCAAAGAAAGCUGCACACCGCUGUUCGCUUCCCGCUCAAUGGUCUUGACAUGGAGGAGUUCAUACUUCCCCAGCCGACGCCACAGGAAGCACAAGAGAUCGCAGCUCAAUACGGGUCUGAGGCAUUGAAGACUGACGUCUCCCUGACACCUCCCUACGUGUACGACCUGUACGCGGUCGUGAGGCACAUGGGCGAGUCGACACGAAGCGGCCACUACACCGCAGCCGUCAAAGACCGAGCGAGAGGGUGCUGGCGCUACUUCAACGACACCACCGCGACCGACUUCCAGCCCGAGGAGCUGAGUGCUUCCAGAGCGCUGGACAACGAUAACGCGUAUUUGAUGUUUUACCAGCGACGAUCGCCGAACGAGUCGGCGCCGACUCCCAAUAGAUUUUGA